UCGCUCCGCCCCUUUCUCCUCCCGCUCUGCUGGGGGAGAGCUGGGGAGCCCCAGUCUGGCCGGAGUUGGCUGGAGCUGUUGCCAUGACAAGCAUUUUCUUAAGACAGCUCUGCUGUUGAGUCGGUCCUAGGCUGGGGGUGGGGUGGGGGCACGAACUUCUUAGGGGUCCAUCCCUCCGAAGACAGCGAGAUCAGACACCCGCCCAGCUCCCUGCACCCAUUUUCUUCCAGGGAAGGUCCUUCUUCGCAAGGAAGGGUUGGGGAAGAAGACCCAGCCCACUCCCCCCGGCUGUAGCUGAAAGGCCAGAGCGCAAAGCCAGCAUCACUAGGUGGUUUGCCACAGUGGGGAGAGCGGUGGGUGGUCACCCCACCCUACUCGGUCGGUCCAUGGAAACGCGCAGGGACGGUCCCGCUCGGAGACACCUGGAUCUUUGCUAGAAAGAGAGAGCCCAUCUACCACUGAGCUGCAUCUCCAACCAGCAGUGUCUUCUGUAUCCUAACCCCUGGCCACUGGAAGAGGCCUAGCCAUCAUCGUUAUCCAGGGAGCCCUCCUCUUUCUGCUGACGCCACCCUACCAUCGAAACUGCUGGUUGUUGCUAAGGUUGCCCCCAUGGUAACAUGCCUAUCCUGUUUACACUUCUAUAUGAACAAGUAGUCUAAACUAGGAACCUACGUACUCUGGACAACCAUUUCCGUCUCUACCCAGAGGACACCAAUCAUCGUGACACUACGUCCGUCUUCUACUAAGUUCCCCCAACCUCUUCCUCCUCUCACUAGUAGACUUAAUACAGAAGAAAGGAUCUCUAGGCCUGGUGUUGCUACUCUGAAACUUAUUGCACAAGAUAUUGUCAAUUUAUCCCCUAACUGGGCUCCCAGAGAAGAAAAAAGUGGGAAGAAACGAAGAAGAGAAGGCAAGAGACACUGCUCAGUUAGAGGGGAAACUCUACAUCUUCUCUGGUUGAGAGUCUGGUAACCGAAGGCAAGAUGACGAAUCCAUCAGGACAUAACUUGCCAGCCAACUCGGUAGCUGAGAGCUAUGAAGGGGAGUUUGGCUGCACCUUAAUGGACCUGAGGAAGCUCAUGGAGCUUCGUGCAGCUGAUGCAGUGACCCAGAUCAGUGCCCACUAUGGAAGUGUACAAGAAAUCUGCGCAAGACUGAAAACCUCCCCUGUAGAAGGUCUGUCUGGGAACCCUGCAGAUUUGGAGAAGCGUAGACUUGUUUUUGGGAAGAACAUGAUACCUCCGAAAAAGCCCAAGACGUUCUUAGAAUUAGUGUGGGAAGCCCUGCAGGAUGUCACACUCAUCAUCCUGGAGAUCGCAGCCAUCAUAUCCCUGGUCCUGUCCUUCUACCGGCCUCCUGGCGGGGAAAAUGAAAUCUGUGGCCACAUUGUAAGUAACCCAGAAGAAGAUGAGGAAGGAGAAACUGGCUGGAUUGAAGGGGCAGCCAUUCUUGCCUCGGUGAUCAUUGUGGUAUUCGUGACAGCCUUCAACGACUGGAGCAAAGAGAAGCAGUUCCGGGGGCUGCAGAGUCGCAUUGAGCUUGAGCAAAAAUUCUCCAUUAUCCGGAAUGGUCAGCUUAUACAACUCCCAGUGGCUGAGAUUGUGGUGGGAGAUAUUGCCCAGGUCAAAUACGGUGACCUGCUGCCUGCCGACGGAAUCCUAAUCCAGGGAAAUGAUCUGAAGAUUGACGAGAGCUCUUUGACAGGAGAAUCAGAUCAUGUCAAGAAGACUCUGGACAAAGACCCCAUGUUGCUCUCAGGGACUCAUGUGAUGGAAGGCUCUGGACGGAUGGUGGUGACUGCUGUGGGAAUCAAUUCCCAGACUGGAAUCAUCUUCACCCUCUUAGGGGCUAAUGAGGAAGAAGACGAUGAGAAAAAGAAGAAAGGUAAAAAACAAGGAGUCUCUGAAAAUCGCAACAAAGCAAAAACCCAGGAUGGAGUGGCCUUGGAAAUCCAGCCACUCAACAGCCAGGAGGGGCUCGAUAGUGAGGAAAAGGAGAAGAAAGCAAGCAAGGGACCCAAGAAGGAGAAGUCGGUCCUGCAGGGCAAGCUCACACGCCUGGCUGUGCAGAUCGGGAAGGCAGGUCUGAUCAUGUCUAUCCUCACAGUCCUCAUCCUGAUUCUAUACUUCGUGGUUGACAAUUUCGUGAUACAGCGCCGGGCAUGGCUUCCUGAGUGCACUCCUGUGUACAUCCAGUAUUUUGUCAAGUUCUUCAUCAUCGGAGUCACUGUACUGGUAGUGGCUGUGCCAGAGGGGCUGCCACUGGCUGUCACCAUCUCGUUGGCCUACUCUGUAAAGAAAAUGAUGAAGGACAACAACUUGGUCCGGCACUUGGACGCCUGUGAGACGAUGGGCAACGCCACAGCCAUCUGCUCUGAUAAGACGGGCACGCUGACCAUGAACCGCAUGACCGUGGUACAAGCUUACAUUGGGGGCACUCACUACCGCCAGAUCCCAAAACCUGACGACCUCCCACCCAACGUUCUGGACCUCAUAGUCAACAGCAUCUGUAUCAACUCUGCUUACACUUCUAAGAUUCUGCCUCCAGAGAAAGAGGGAGGCCUCCCCCGGCAAGUAGGCAACAAGACAGAGUGUGGACUGCUGGGCUUUGUCACAGACCUGAAGCAGGACUACCAAGCAGUUCGCAGUGAGAUGCCCGAGGAGAAGCUCUUCAAGGUGUACACCUUCAACUCAGUGCGCAAGUCCAUGAGCACCGUCAUCAGGAAGCCGGAAGGGGGCUUCCGCGUGUUCAGCAAGGGCGCCUCCGAGAUAAUGCUGCGCAAGUGUGAUCGGAUCCUGAACAAGGAAGGAGGAAUUGUACCAUUCAAAACUAAGGACCGAGACAAUAUGGUACGCAACGUCAUUGAGCCCAUGGCCAGUGAAGGACUCCGGACCAUCGGCAUAGCUUACCGAGAUUUUGAUGGUGAAGAGCCCUCGUGGGAAAAUGAGAAUGAGAUCUUCACUGGGCUGGUCUGCAUUGCAGUGGUGGGCAUUGAGGACCCUGUGCGCCCAGAGGUACCAGAUGCCAUUAACAAGUGCAAACGGGCUGGCAUUACUGUCAGGAUGGUGACAGGUGACAACGUCAACACAGCCAGGGCCAUCGCCACCAAAUGUGGCAUCUUGACUCCUGGUGAUGACUUCCUGUGUCUGGAAGGGAAAGAAUUCAACAGACUCAUACGCAAUGAGAAGGGCGAGGUCGAACAAGAAAAGCUGGACAAGGUCUGGCCCAGGCUUCGGGUACUGGCACGAUCUUCUCCCACAGACAAGCACACAUUGGUGAAAGGUAUCAUUGACAGCAAUAUUGGGGAACAGAGGCAGGUGGUGGCUGUCACCGGUGAUGGAACCAAUGAUGGACCGGCUCUAAAGAAAGCAGAUGUCGGUUUUGCUAUGGGCAUUGCAGGCACAGAUGUGGCUAAGGAGGCAUCAGACAUCAUCCUGACUGAUGACAACUUCACCAGCAUUGUGAAGGCAGUGAUGUGGGGCCGGAACGUAUACGACAGCAUUUCCAAGUUCCUGCAGUUCCAGCUCACUGUCAACGUGGUGGCCGUGAUUGUGGCUUUCUCUGGAGCCUGCAUCACUCAGGAUUCCCCACUGAAAGCGGUGCAGAUGCUGUGGGUGAACCUGAUCAUGGACACGUUUGCUUCUCUGGCCCUGGCCACAGAGCCCCCGACCGAUUCCCUGCUGAGGCGUCGCCCCUAUGGGCGAAACAAGCCCCUGAUCUCUCGCACAAUGAUGAAGAACAUCCUGGGCCACGCGGUGUAUCAGCUCGGAAUCGUCUUCCUCCUCGUCUUUGCUGGCGACAAACUGUUUGACAUUGACAGUGGGAGGAAGGCGCCUCUCAAUUCACCACCCAGCCAGCACUACACCAUUGUUUUCAACACGUUUGUGCUGAUGCAACUCUUCAACGAGAUCAACUCUCGGAAGAUCCAUGGCGAGAAGAAUGUCUUUGCAGGUGUCUACCGCAACAUCAUUUUCUGCUCUGUUGUUUUAGGCACGUUCUUCUGCCAGAUCUUGAUCGUGGAAGUGGGAGGUAAGCCCUUCAGCUGCACAAACCUCACCAUGGAGCAGUGGAUGUGGUGUCUCUUUAUAGGGAUCGGAGAACUUUUGUGGGGCCAGGUCAUCUCUGCAAUACCUACCAAGUCUCUAAAGUUCCUGAAAGAGGCGGGCCAUGGCAGUGACAAAGAGGAGAUCAGCAAGGACGCUGAGGGGCUGGAAGAGAUCGACCAUGCCGAGAUGGAGCUUCGCCGAGGCCAGAUCCUCUGGGUCCGUGGCCUGAACCGGAUUCAGACUCAGAUUGAAGUAAUUAACAAAUUCCAGACGGGAGCCUCUUUUAAGGGAGUCCUAAGGCGACAGAACUUGAGUCAACAACUUGAUGUAAAACUGGUUCCUAGCUCCUAUUCAGAAGCAGUUGCGUCAGUCAGAACCUCCCCCUCCACCUCUUCUGCCGUUACACCUCCUCCUGUGGGCAAUCAGAGUGGUCAAAGUAUUUCAUAGUUUCCGAGACGUCAUUCAUAAAUCCAAGAACCAGGUCUCCAUCCACAGCUUCAUGACCCAACCUGAGUACGCCGCAGACGAUGAAAUGUCACAGUCCUUCCUGAAUCAAGAGGAAAGUCCUUCGUUGGCUUCUAAGUCGCGGAUUACCAAGCGCCUGUCGGAUGCUGAAACUGUUUCACAGAACAACACGAAUAACAAUGCCGUGGACUGCCACCAAGUGCAAAUCGUUGCCUCCCAUCCCAACAGCCCUCUACAAAGCCAGGAGACACCGGUCUGAACGUCCAUCCUCUGAGUACCGUCCCUGCUCUCCCCUUUUUCUCUUCAUCUGUCCUAUCUGUAUGUGAUGGUGGGACUUGUCAUUGUUUCAUCAGCUGCUCCUAAGCAUGUGAGAACCCCCACCUGACCAUGAAGAAGCACAGACCUACAUGGAUUCGGUCAGACCUUGGGCAGGUAACAGUAGCUCCGCUCCCCAGGCGUACCAGUUGUCAUUUUAAAGAAGUAGUGACAAUCCUCUUAGCGUCGCCCAACCCAAAGUCUCCCCAGCAUCCCCCACACAUGCCACCACCCCCUUCUGACUUGGAGAUUUCACAAGCUAAGUCGUGGGCUCGGUGAGAGACAAACGCCCCAUGUUCGCGUUUCAGUAGAGUGACUAUCCUUAAAAUGUUCUUUCCUAUUUUGAAAAUGUGCACACUAAGGCCUCUAGCUCUUUCUGCCCUUCAGUCUGACGUCCCCCAGGGUUCUUUGGAUCUCACCUGCCCCUUACCAUCUUCCCUUUCAUCCACUCUUCCCACUCUCUUUAUGUCGUGGUAAUUACAAGAAUGGAAAGGGCAUGGCCAAACUGAGUCAAUUUGACCCUUACUGGCCCCAGUAGAACCUUUCAUUUUGUUCCAGAGGCAGGCAGAUUUCUUUUCUAAAAUGGUCUUUUUGGAGCAAAUGAGCUAGUGAAAUAUUUCCCUAUUCUUACCAGGUCAGCACCAACUUCUGAAUGUCUUCUUGGGUGGAUAGGGGUUUUUAAGUGCCAGGGAAAUCAGCCAUGACCAUAGGCCUGAGCUUCCUUCUUGCCUGGGGUGGUAGCAAAGAGUGAGGGGGCCAUGACCCUGCCUUCCAGCUGCUCGAGGAGCUUCAGGAUCAACAUGGGGCAGGCCUAGGACCAGAAGUCACUGAAGCAGACUACUUUCAAGGGUUUCAUUUGUUUGCCAAGGCUCUCCCAGAGCAGGAGCUUCCUUCUGUCGUGGGAGGCGAGGAUGAAUGUUAAGAACCCUUGGGAAGGACUAAAGCGCCAGUCCUUCAGGAGCUACACUUUGUUGUGUCCCACAACAUUUUCCGUCUCUAAGGAGGUCCCCAACUUUUGCAAACAUUCUAACGUUGAAGAGAGGAGGCGCCCAAACAGCAUGCUGAGUCAAGGGGCUAAAGGCCCUCCCUGGAAAGCUUCCUGCCCCCACCCCCAACCUCUCUGUCUUCACAUACCCUCCUCCAGGGUCUGUCUCCACUGCUGCCUGGGAAAGUCUGUGCCUUUCUGCCCUGAACACUGCCCAGAGCACCCUCUGCCCAGCAGCCUCUCGGGAGCCGGGAACUUCACCAAAAGGGACUUUGCCUUACUGGGAUGAGGAGGAAGCACAGGUGCUCCAUGUGUAUCUCGGCUGGCUGAUUUAAGCAUGUUUGUGCAGUGGAUCGAGUCGAUGUCCCCAAGUCCCAUCCACUGUUGGGUUAGUGAAGCCUGCCUCCCUCUUUCUAGGGUGAUGAGAAUAAGAGGGCGAGUGAGGCUCAUGAAAACAGCCAGAUUUCCACUUGGGAAAGAACGGUAAAAUGAGCCUGACCACCUGUAGUCUUUUUUCUAGCAAUCUUCCUCCCACCCCACCUUUCACCCAAGCUGCCAGGGGAGGGUGAGCGAAGGAACAAACACCAUUUCACACCCGUUCCAGCACAGCCCAUCAUUAUAGGAAGUAGAGAGAAGGUUUGGAUUCGGAUUUUGUAAGGCUUACAUACUUCAGCAAUCUUCCCUCAUGGGGGGGGGGGGCAUCUCCCUCGAGGUGUUAGCUGUUCAACUAUAUUUAAGUACAUUAGAAGAUUUGAUUCUGUCAGCUCUUUUAUUACCUCAGAUCAUUUUUUUUUAAAGCAAGCCAAUAACAAGUUUCAAAGGCCAUUUUACCAUCCUUGCUCCCAAAAGACUCUUGUGGUGCCUGACAGGUUACUCCUGAGGGCUUGUGUCUACUUUUUCAAAAGUCAACAUGUUUAUGUGUGUGUGUGUGUGUGUGUGUGUGUGUGUGUGUGUGUUUUCAGUAAUUUCCAUAGUAAGAGAGAAAAUAUAGAAAUAUUAUGCAAAAAAUAUAGUUUUCUUUAGCUCAGAAACUGACAUUUACGAGUCAGCCAUAUAUGUAUAUAUAUAUAUUGUUUAAAGAAUUUCAAAUAAUGUGCCACCAUGCCACGCCGUGGAGAGGAGCACACCACCAGCUGUUUGGCAUGACAGGUGACUCAGUACGUUUGUAACUGGUUAAAACAACGACAGCAACCAAUAUACCAUACUUCCUUUUUCCAAACGGCCAUCUUUAUAUUUAGGGGAAAAAAAUUGUUGGGUUCUAGACUUUUUUUUAAUAUAAAUUUUGUUGAUAUGGAAUUGAGUGAGUUCAAGUGUUUCUGUGCAUAUGUUUUUAUAUGUUCUUGUCUAUUCAGUUUCAGUAAUCCAGGUGGCAGUGAGUAAAUAUGAUAUAAGUUAAUGACACUUUCCCCUAAAUGGUGCUCCGGAUUUGAAAGAGGUCUGAUGGGAGGAAGAGAAUAUAUCCUAGAGCCCUCUUUUGAUAAACCUGGACAAACGGGUAAAAACCUGCAGGUAGUGAGGGAAACACCCACAAAGAGGCUCCUUAGCUGUCUGUCAGGCCAUGGAUGGAUGCUGCCUUGGAGGAGAGCAGACUUGUUGGUACUCAGGAGCAAGGAUCAGUUGGGUUUCUGUUUCUUGAGGAAUUAGCAAACAGAGUAGUAUCAAUGAUGGCUGGUCUCUCCUAGUCAGCAAGGGUACUCUGACGUGGGGUCCGCAUUUCUUUAUGUUUUCCCCUUUCCCCUCCCCCUGGAGAGAUGCCACUAGUGAGGUUUUGUGUAUGACUCUGAGUUGUAACAUCCUGCUGUUUUUGUCUGAUACAGCAGGUGGGGGCCAGAGCUCCAAACUGGAAAAGAUCAAUGUAACAGCAAUGGUUACUUCUAGCUCUGUCUGACAGUCUCAGGACUAGGUCCUUCUCAACAGUUCUACGAUAUCCUCUGUGGCAGUUUUCCCAUCCCAAAAGUUGUAGGAGAGACCAGCUAGAAGCCUUCUGGGCACUUGUGGGUUCCCCGGGGUUGGAUUUCUUUUUGCCUUCAAGCUUUAGGGGAGAGUUUCAAAGAUCAAUCCGAGGGGUUACCUCACUGCUGAAAGCCCUAGGGAAGUUGAGUGUGCCAGAAUCCUCUCCCAGAUCCUCCUCUUUCUCCCCAUCCCCCUUGCCUUACAAUUGAAGCUACCUGUGGCACCAUCCCAAUCUGCACAUUCAAUCACUUUCUGCAUCUAGGGUCCACCCCAUGGCACUGGUAGGGGUGGGCCCUUGCAAUGCCUGCUGUUCUAAAGCCAUUCCAGCCUCCUCCUCAGAAUAGACCAGAUCCUCUCCCUCCCUUCCAUUUAGCUGAGAGCCAGAACUUUUGCCUUCCCAGGUCUACAGUUCUGCCUGCUGCCCCCUUUCUUCUUGGUUGGGAGAGGUGAUGGGAGGUGAGACCCCUGCAGCUGAAUGGGCCUUUGGCCCAGAGUUUCUCCCCAUAUGUAUAUAUGCCAUAUGUAAAUAAAUAUGCCACAUAUGUGCUGACAAAUCGCUCUACGCCAUCUUUUCUAAUGGGCAUGCAGAUAGGAAUUUUGAGUUCUUCUCAGCAACUGGUAUAAUGAGCACUGGUAUUUUUGUACAAAACUAAAAGGAAAAAAAAAAGAAAAUUGACUUUCGCGGUCUACAUGUCAGACAUUACGAUAUCAAAGCAAUGUGUAUCCUAGCGUGUGUGGCCGUAGUUUGCAGCUCAGCUGAACAGUGCACCCAAUCUGUAUUUGCAUUUGAUAUUAUUUAAGCUCUAUGUAUAAUGUUUUGCAUGUAUUUAUAUGGCUCUUGGGAGGGGGGGGAUGCUAUAAACCGACAAAUCUGUACUACAAAUGUGUUCUCCAACUGACACGGGAAGAAAGGGAGUUUUAAAGGGUGUAACUUUUUGGAACCAAUAAAGCUUUCUGCUGAUGAACAGAAA